AUGAGUAAUAACGACGAUUAUAUAUUGACAACAUUAAAAAUUCUUAUUAUUGGAGAAUCUGGUGUUGGAAAAAGUUGUCUUCUAUUACGAUUUACUGAUGAUACAUUCCAUACUGAAAUGCCUGCAACUAUAGGUGUUGAUUUUAAAGUUAAACAAUUAGAAGUCGAUGAAAAUCGAGUUAAAUUGGCUAUUUGGGACACAGCUGGACAUGAACGUUUUCGUACAUUAGUGCCUGCUUAUUAUCGUGGUGCACAUGGUGCUAUUCUUGUUUAUGAUGUAUGUAAUCGUAAUUCAUUUCAACAAUUGGAUCGAUGGAUUGCCGAAUUGAAUACAUUUUCAACAAAAUUAAAUAUUAUUAAAAUGCUUGUUGGAAAUAAAAUUGAUUGUCAAGAUAGUCGAGAAAUCACACGUGAAGAAGGUGCAAAAUUUGCACGUAAAUAUUCUAUGUUAUUCAUUGAAACAUCAGCUCGUACACGUGAAGGUGUUCAAAUUGCAUUCGAAGAACUUGUUCAAAAAAUUCUACAAACUCCAUCAUUAUGGCAAAAUGAACAGAUAUCGAAACGAAAUACGAUUUAUUUAGAUGAUAAUGAGAAUUUCAAUCAAUUUUCACAAAGAUGUUAUUGUUAA